GCUCCGAGCAUUAGCCAAGUCAGAAAGUGCAAGAACAGGAUCAGGUCAGAAUUCACUUCAGCGCACGCUUUGUUUGGUCUGGGUUUGCGCAAUGCGCGGAUUACUGCUGAUUUCCACGCUCGUCUUCAUCCUCCUCCUCAUCCUCAUCCUCAUCCCUGCUCCAGCAGAACAGUCCCCCGUUCCAGCGCCGGAGCCGAUCCGGUGCGCGCCGUGUACCGCGGAGAAGCUGAGCGCAUGCCCGGCCGCUCCAUCCGGCUGCAGGGAGCUGAUGAGAGAGCCGGGCUGCGGCUGCUGCAUGACCUGCGCGCUGCCCGAGGGCGCCCUGUGCGGGGUGUACACAGCGCACUGCGGCACGGGACUGCGCUGCACGCCGAGAGCCGACGACCCGCACCCGCUCCACUCGCUCACCCGCGGACAGGCCGUGUGCACCGUGGACCACGCCGCGCAAGGUGCGUCUCCCCUCUCUUCCGCCGAGUCCCCGUCCCCUGUAGAUCAGCAUGAGGCUAAAAAGUUGCCCUACGUGAUGUUAAACCAUAACCGUCUCCUUACAGAGGAGGCCGGUGAGCACGCCUUCUCCUUACACCACCUGCUGGGGCUGGAUAAAGCCGGAGACCCGGAGGCGCACGAGAGCAUCAAGGCUAAAGUCAACGCCAUCCGGAAGAAGCUGGUGGAACUGGGUCCAUGUCACACUGAAUUGCACUCUGCCCUGGACACUAUCGCGGCCUCGCAGCAGGCUCUGGGCGAGAAGUUUACUACAUUUUACCUUCCCAACUGCGACAAGCAUGGCUUCUACAAGCCCAAGCAGUGCGAGACGUCCCUCGUCGGCCAGCCUGCACGUUGUUGGUGCGUGUCCGCUUGGAACGGGAAGAGACUCGCAGGAUCCGGUGAUGUCCCCGAAGAUGCCCUCUGCCACCAGGAGAUCACUCACUGAACCCUGCUGCUCUUCUCACACACUUACACACAAGCUGCAUUUCAUAAAAAAAGCACUUUUCUUAAUCAGGACUACCUAAAAAAAUAUCAUUGGGACAUUUGGUUCCAACAUAGACCUUAAUAUACUAUGUACAUACACUGAACCUUUUCUUGACAAAGAGAUUGACUUUCUUCAUUUAUUUUUUUUUUGUUUCAUAUCGCUACAUAUUUAUUGAAUGUUCCUAAAUAAGUAAUCAUUGAGAAGUAUUUAUAUUUGCUGAAAUUGUAUUAUUACUGUUAUAUUUUUAUUUGUAUUUUUAUUUUACUAUUACUAUUGUUUGGACUAAACGACUCCACUGCUUCAUAGAAAUGGCAAUAGAACCAUGGGACAUAGUAAAAACCCAUUGCAACACACGCCACUGUGAAAAAAGGCAGAGUGGGUUUGCAUACUUUUAGUCUCGCCCCAAUUUAGGAGCUUUGUACUUAAACAGCUUCACCAUUCAUUUGCUUUACGACGUGUCGAUUCAGUCUACAUUCGUGCGAGUCUACUAAACUUUCUGCCUCAACCUGCGACGCCCGUGUUUGUGAAUUUGUCCGGGCUGUUUUUUUUUUUUUUUUCCUGCCCCUAGAAGGAAUAGCUCUGGAUUUUUCCACUUACACGGGACAACUGCCAAUUGAUCCCAGAUGUUUUGAAGUAGAUCGCAGAUCUGGCCCGCGUUUGUGACUCAUAUAAAGCUUCUACCUCUCCGAAGUGCAGGUUCCUCUGUUUCCUCAGGUCCCUCGCUCUGUCCCGUCGCUCUGGAAAUCGCUUCCUCGUCGGUUCCUCUGUCCUUUGAGAAUAUGAAAAUCUCAGAAAAGCUGCUUUUUUUUUUUUCUUUAAAGGCAAAUGAACUUCAUGUUGGUUUGGAGAGCAGAGGAUAUAACACCAUUGGGAUUCAUUUUAGUUGCAAGCAGGAACGUUUUAUGAAUAUGGUUCCAACAUUGCUGCAUGCCAGGACAUUUUUAAACAGGAAAAGAGAGAAAAACCAGACAGGGAUUUGUAAACCCAUGUUGCGGGUGUGUCCCUUGGCUCUCUGCAAAAACACAUCCAUCCAUCCAUUCAUCCAUCCAUCUACCGUUCCAGCCAUCUAGCCAUUCAGAGCACUGUCUGAGGUUCACAGGUUCAACAGAUUUGGUGUAUUCAGCUUGGGAGGACUGAGUUACUAAAGUCUUCUUGCGUGAUGCUUCAAACAUGCCGAUUAAAAGAAAGCGUGAUGGAAUAUUACGCAUUUGUGUGGAUCUCUAUCAAUGCCUUUGACCUCGACAUCCUGAGUAUUUACAUGCUGCUAAAGUUCACCUGCCUACCUACCUGUGUGUCGAUUUUGUUUUUGGUUUCGUAGUAAAUGUAGAAAUGAUAUCAGUGUAUGCAAUAUAAUUUCUGUUGUAUAUGUAUUCUUUUAAUAAAAUCAAUGAUUCUGAUA